AUGGCGGAGGAAUAUGCAACAUUUGAAAAGUCAGGUGUCACUGUGGAUGAAAUUGUACAAUGUUCAUUCUCCAAUUGGUGUGACUUAUUUAAGGAGCAUUUGUAUCCAUAUAGAGUGAUAAACCCACUUCCACCGAGUUUUAUUGAAUACUUGCUAAGUGAUGGAAUAAAGCUAGCAACAAAACAGAAGCAAUUAGAACAGACGAGUGAUAAUGAGUAUAGUGACUGGGAAGAGGACGAGGCGGAUGAGCCUGAACCUGUGCAUUUGAAAUUCAUUGAGUUGCAUGAUCAGAUCAACAAGUACGUCGAUGAGUUAGGUGGACAGGUAAUCCCCAAACUAAAUUGGUCAACUCCGAAGGAUGCUAGCUGGUUGAUCCCGGGAAAUACUGUUCGCUGUAUCGAAUCUAAUGAUAUAUACCUACUUUUGAAAUCAUCCGAUCAUAUAGUGGAUGACUUGUUGUAUCCUUUCCUGGAGGUAGACAACGCAAAGGAUAUAAAGGUUUCGUACGAAUUGAUUUUGAAGAAAUGGGAGGAUAUCAAUCCUGCAUUAGAGUUUAGAGUGUUUGUGAAGGAUGGCAAGAUUUCGGGUAUAUCUCAACGUGACUUGAAUUACUACGAUUUUUUGAAGGAUCUACAGUUGGAGAUCGAUGAAAGGAUAAGCAAGUUUGUUUAUGAGGAAGCGAUUCCAAAGUUGAAUUUGAAUAAAUUUAUCCUAGAUGUGUAUAUACCGCGACCAUUUGAAAAGGUAUUGAUUAUCGAUGUGAAUCCAUUUCUGCGAAAGUCAGAUUCCUUAUUGUUUACCUGGAAUGAGUUGUUGGUGAAAAUUCCUAAAGAUGACAACGACUACGAAUUUAGGUUGAUUAAUGAGACAAACCUUGGAGCUUUUGCCAAAAAGCAAUAUAGUGAAAGUCAAGUUCCAAUAGAUGUUGUUGGCGCAGCGAAUGAUGCUGAAGCAUUGAUCAAUUUGGCCAGAGAAUGGGAUAAGUUGCAAGCAAAGGAAGCGAAUUCAGAGAAAAAAUAG